AUGGCUGCUUCCCAGUCCAUCCGCCUGGCCCACGGCCCCCACUCCUGCUCCGGCCGCCUCGAGCUCUUCCAUCAGCAGCAAUGGGGCACAGUGUGUGGGGAGCACUGGGAUCUCCGGGAUGCGGCUGUGGUGUGCCGGGAGCUGGGAUGUGGUCCGGCUCGAUCCGCAUCCGGAUCCGCACGCUUCGGGAUGGGAUCCGGACCCAUAUGGAUGCAUGGGGUCAACUGCAGUGGGACGGAGCUGGACCUGGCUUCAUGUCCCAGUGCGGGCUGGGGGGAGAGCACCUGCAGCCAUGGGGAGGAUGCUGGGGUGGAAUGUGAAGGUAAUGCCCCCUCCCCGCCGCGCUCCGUGCGCCUCACCAACGGCACCACGGUGUGCCACGGCCGUGUGGAGGUUCUGCACUCCGGGCGCUGGGGCACAGUGUGUGAUGAUGGUUGGGACCUGCCUGCAGCCUCGGUGGUGUGCCGGCAGCUGGGCUGCGGUGAGGCCGUGGCCGCGCCGGGCUCGGCACGCUUCGGUCACGGCACAGACCCCAUCUGGCUCGAUGACGUCCGGUGCCGUGGCACCGAGAGCUCCAUCAACCAGUGCCAGCACCUGCCGUGGGGGGAGCACAACUGUGGGCAUGGAGAGGAUGCUGGUGUGGUCUGUACAGGUAUGGGGGUGCUGGUGUGGUGUGUACAGGUGCGGGUGCAGGAUGGUGCUGGGCGCUGCUCGGGCCGCUUGCAGGUGCUGUACAACGGGAGCUGGCUGGGGGUGUGCGGCAGCGGCUGGAGCCUGCUGGAGGCCAGCGUGGUCUGCAGGCAGCUGGGCUGCGGGGAGGCGCAGGCAGCACCCAUGGGUCCUAACCCAUCCCUGCCCCCAGCCCCAUCCCCCGUGAGCCCAUCGGGAUCCCUGCGCCUGUCCGGAGGCCCCGGGCGCUGUGUGGGGCGGGUGGAGGUCCUGCACAACGGCACGUGGGGCACGGUGUGCGACGACGGAUGGGGUUACCGCGAGGGCCGCGUGGUGUGCCGCGAGCUGGGCUGCGGCGCCCUGCUGGCCGUGGCACCGGGAGCGCGCUACGGGCAGGGCCAGGGCCGCAUCUGGUUGGAUGAGGUCAACUGCACCGGGGAGGAGUUGGCGCUGGUGGAGUGUGGGGCUAAGCCGUGGGGAGAGCACAACUGUAACCACGUUGAGGAUGCUGGAGUCGAGUGCUCGGACUCCGUUGUGGCCUCACUGGGCCCCCUGCAGCUGGUGAAUGGUCUGGACCGGUGCUCCGGGCGGGUGGAGGUUCUGCAUGAGCACAUGUGGGGCACAGUGUGUGAUGACGGAUGGGACCUGCCGGACGCGGCUGUGGUGUGCCGGCAGCUGGGAUGUGGGGCGGCGCUGGCGGCUGCACAUGGGGCUCACUUCGGAAGGGGCCACGAUCCCAUCUGGUUGGAUGAGGUCAACUGCACCGGAGGCGAGGCCGCGAUCACUGAGUGCCAGGCCAGUGCAUGGGGCAACACCAACUGCUUCCAUGGGGAGGAUGCUGGCGUGGUGUGUGCAGGUUCAGCUCUGGCAGCUCUCAUGGAGUUGCGCUUGGCCAACGGCUCCACUCGCUGCGAUGGCAGAGCUGAGGUUCCCUAUGGAGGCUCCUGGGUAUCCCUAUGUGAUGAAGAGUGGGGUCUGGCUGAGGCGCGGGUGCUGUGCAGGCAGCUGGGCUGUGGGACGGCGCUGCCGGCACCCGCCAGGUCCCGCUCCGGCGCCAGAGCCGGAUCCCCAUGGCCCAACCGCGUCAGCUGCAUGGGCACCGAGAGCAACCUGACCCUGUGCCAGGUGCAGCCCAGGGGCAAUGGGUCCUGCCCCCAUGGCAGGGAGGCCAUGGUGGUGUGCUCAGGUAACUCAGUCGGUGACCAGAUCCGCCUGGUGAACUUCGGCAGCCGCUGUGCCGGCCGGGUGGAGAUCUACCAUAGCCAGCAAUGGGGCACAGUGUGCGACGACAACUGGGACCUGGUGGAUGCCGGUGUGGUGUGCCGGCAGCUGGACUGCGGCCGAGCCCUGUCGGCACCGGGGAGAGGCCAGUUCGGCCGCGGUGAUGGUGUCAUCUGGUUGGAUGAGACCAACUGCACCGGCACCGAGAGCGCCUUGUCCUCGUGCCCGGCGCGGCCGUGGGGCACCGGCAACUGCUACCAUGGAGAGGAUGCUGGUGUGGUGUGUUCAGAUUCCCUGAUCCCGGAGCCCCUUCCCAUCCGCUUGGCCAACUCCUCCCAGCCCUGCACCGGCAGGGUGGAGGUGCUCCAUAGGGAACAGUGGGGAGCCGUGUGCCGGCAGGGCUGGGACCAGCGGGAUGCCGACAUCGCGUGCCGGGAGCUGGGAUGUGGGACGGCGCUGCCGGCAUCCGAGGGAGCCGACUUCGGCUCCGGGACCCUGCCGGUGAGCAUGGAGAACGUGGAGUGCCAGGGAACGGAGCGGAGCCUCCGGGAAUGCCCUGCGGGACAUGGGAGGUGUGAGCAUGGGAAGAGAGCUGGUGUCGUCUGCUCCGGCUCCAUGUUCUCCAUCUUCGCUCCCGUCCGGCUGGUGAACGGCUCCGGCCGCUGCUCCGGCAGGGUCGAGGUUCUCCAUGAUGGCCAAUGGGGGACAGUGUGUGACGACGGUUGGGACCUGCUGGACGCCAAGGUCCUGUGCCGGCAGCUGGGCUGCGGCACCGCGGUGCUGGCUCCACACCGUGCUCACUACGGCCCCGGCUCUGGCCCCAUAUGGUUGGAUGCUGUUGGCUGCACCGGCACCGAGGCGGCUCUGUCCGAGUGCAGCUCCAAGGCCUUGGGCACCCAUGGGUGCGAGCAUGGGGAGGACGCUGGAGUCAUCUGCUCGGGAUCGGGAAUCGCGGACAUGGGAAGCCUGCGCCUCGUGAACAGCUCCGAUCCCUGCUCCGGAAGGCUGGAAGUGUUCCAUGAGCAUCGCUGGGGUGGGAUCUGCUCCGAUGGCUGGGACCUGGCUGAAGCACAUGUGGUUUGCCAGCAGCUGGGCUGUGGGAUGGCACAUGCGGCUCUGGGAUCCCCUGGAUUCGGGAUAGGAGACGGCUUCCUGUGGGUGGAUGCUGUGGAAUGCUCCGGGAAUGAGGGAGCCCUCUUGGAAUGCCGCCUGAAGCUGUGGGGGGAGCAGAGCUGCAGCUCCAAGGCUCAUGCUGCUGUUGUGUGCUCCUCAUCCCAAGGUCACUCGGGAUCCGUGCGCCUGGUGAACGGUCCCCACCGCUGUGCCGGGAGGGUGGAAGUGUUCCAUAGGCACCAAUGGGGCACAGUGUGUGACGACGGCUGGGACCUGCAGGAUGCGGCCGUGGUGUGCCGGCAGCUGGGAUGUGGUACAGCCCUAUCCGCACCGGGGCUGUCCGGCUUCGGACAAGGCUCCGGCCCCAUAUGGUUGGAUGGGGUGAGGUGUGCCGGGACUGAAGGCAGCAUCGCAGAGUGCCCGGGGAAGCCAUGGGGACAGCACACCUGUAACCAUGUGGAGGAUGCCAGUGUCGUGUGUGCAGGCUCCGGCAUCGCCAGCAGCCCCCGGCUGCGCCUGGUGGGGGGGUUGAGUGCCUGCUCCGGCCGGGUCGAGGUGUUCUAUGCCAACAAGUGGGGCACCAUCUGCGACGACAACUGGGACCUGCAGGAUGCGGCCGUGGUGUGCAGGGUGCUGGGCUGCGGUGCUGCUGCCCUGGCCCCCGGAUCCGCUCGCUUCGGGUGGGGAACUGGACCCAUAUGGUUGGAUAAUGUGGGAUGUACUGGUCAGGAGACUGACUUCUUCCAGUGCCCGGCCAAGAUGUGGGGUAUCCACAACUGCCACCAUGGGGAGGAUGCUGGGGUGGUGUGUGCAGGUGAGAGGGGCAAUUCCAGCUCCGUCUCCCUGCGCCUGGUGGACGGGCCCCACGGCUGCGCCGGCAGGGUCGAGGUGCUCCAUGAUGGCCAAUGGGGCACCGUGUGUGACGACGGUUGGGACCUGAAGGACGCAGGGGUCGUGUGCCGGCAGCUGGGCUGCGGUGGAGCCGAAGCCGCUCCGCUCCAGGCUCACUUCCAGCCAGGCACCGGCAGGAUCUGGUUGGAUGAUGUUGGAUGCACCGGCACCGAACAGGAGCUCGCCCAGUGCCAGGCCAGGCCAUGGGGGCAGAACAACUGCAACCAUGGGGAGGAUGCUGGGGUGGUGUGUGCAGAUGCCAAUGCCCAGGCUCCGGUGCGGAUCCGGUUGUCCGACGGCCCCCACGGCUGUGCCGGGCGGGUGGAGGUGGAACACGAGCAUCAAUGGGGCACAGUGUGUGCCGACGGCUGGGACCUGAGCGAUGCCAAAGUCACCUGCCGGCAGCUGGGCUGCGGUGCGGCCGUGGCGGCACCGGGACCCGCUCGGUUCGGUGCCGGCACCGGCCCCGUGUGGCUGGGGAACGUAGAGUGUGCCGGCACAGAGGGCUCCAUCGGCCAAUGCAGCCAUGGCAGUUGGGGGGUCCACAACUGUGAGCACAGGGAGGAUGCUGCGGUGGUGUGUGCUGGCCCCAACCCGCUGCAGGUGCGGGUGCAGGAUGGUGCUGGGCGCUGCUCGGGCCGCUUGCAGGUGCUGUACAACGGGAGCUGGCUGGGGGUGUGCGGCAGCGGCUGGAGCCUGCUGGAGGCCAGCGUGGUCUGCAGGCAGCUGGGCUGCGGGGAGGCGCAGGCAGCACCCAUGGGUGCCCCCCUGCCCCCUGCCCCACUGCUGCUGGAGGGGCUGAGCUGCCGCGGCACCGAGAUGCUGCUCCUGGAGUGCCAACAGCGGCACACGGCACCGGGACCCUGCCCGCAGGGCUCCGUGGCCAGCGUGGUGUGUGCCCAGCCGCAGGGAAUGGCCUCAUCCUGCUCGGCGCUGAUCGCGGUGCUGGCCCUGGUGAUGCUGCUCAGUGGGGUCCUGCUCUGGCUCCUCCUCAAGAGAAGAUGCAUUGCAGCAGCCCAGGCUGGAGCCCAGCAGCGCCUGAGGGACCUGGAUGCUCCUUCCUCUUCCUCCCCAUCCAUGGGCUCCAUCUACCUGCCCAGCACAGCACAAGGACCCGAGGACACGGAGAUGAUGCAGCUCAUGGAGGAAGAUGCUGCCCAAUGA